AUGCCUUCCACACUUGCUGCCCUUCUCUUCCUUGGGCUGUCUCUGAGCCAGAGGACCGGCACCCGGGAGCAUGAGUCCUUCCUUCGAAGCCCCAGAGUCUGGGCUGAGACCUCUGAUUCCUCUCCAGAGACUCUCUCGAAACCUGUCAUCUGGGCCCAACCCAGCUUCAUGAUCCCGAAGGGGAAACUGGUGACCAUCUGGUGUCAGGGAAGUCACGAGGCCGCCGAGUACCAGCUGCACUUCGAGGGAGGCCUCUCUGCCUCCAAGAGACCAAAGUCACCGGGAACGGUGAACAGAGUAAACUUCCCCAUCCCGACCAUGACCUCACAGACUGCAGGGCAGUACCGGUGCUUCUAUCGAAGUGGGGAGCUCUGGUCACAGCCCAGUGACCCUCUGGAUCUGGUGGUAACAGGACUGUAUGACACACCCACCCUCUCAGUUCACCCCAGACCGGAGGUGACCUCAGGAGAGAAAGUGACCUUCCACUGCCGCCUAGAAACGGCAACAAGCACCUUCUUUCUGCUCAAGGAGGGAAGUUCCAGCCGCCCACAGCGCAGAUACGGGAAUAUCCAGGCGGAGUUCCCCAUGGGCCCUGUAAGCACAGCUCACAGGGGCGCGUACCGGUGUUUUGGCUCCUAUAACAAACAUGCCUGGUCUUUCCCCAGCGAGCCUGUGGAGCUCCGCGUCCAAGGAGAUGCCGGGGACACCAGCUUUGCACCCACGGAGCACACCUCUUCCGACCACUGGGACUCCUGCAUGUUAACCACAGAGGCCCAGUUCCAGGAAGGUCCUGUCCUCCGAGAUCACAAUGCCCAGAAUCUCCUUCGGAUUGGCCUCGUUUUCCUGGUCCUGGUGGCCCUCGUGUGGCUCCUGGUUGAAGGCUGGCUUCACAGAAAGAAGCCUCAAGAGAGAGCCAGCAGGCCUUCCAGUCAGGAAUGCAGAAGGUUCAGAGCGCAGAGAGCCCUGGAGAAAUGA